AUAGAUUCUACAUACUAAUUGCAGCCAUUAAUAGUUGGUCGACCUUAAUAGUUUCAUGUACGUGUGGAAUAAGUGCAGUCCCAGCUCAGGAGCACGUAAAUCUCAUAUUUUGUGUUGAUUUGAUUUGAAGGGAAGACUUACAUCUCGCCAUGUCUACGGAACCGGGAGUAGAGAAGGUGCUAGUAACAGGUGCUUCAGGGUACAUAGCAACUCACAUCGUGCAGCAGCUCCAGGAAGCUGGGUACAAGGUCAGAGGGACUGUCAGGAGUCUGACCAAUCCCAAGAAAGUUGGACCACUCAAGGAACUCUGUCCCAAUGCAGCUCAUGAACUGGAACUGGUGGAAGCCGACCUUACCAACGAGGCAUGCUGGAAAGAUGCUGUCCAGGGGUGUAGCCAUGUCAUCCACACCGCCAGCCCUUUCCCAGACAAGAGCCCUAAGGAUGAGAACGUAGUCAUCAAACCUGCUGUCGAGGGUACUACCAACGUUCUCCAAGCAUGUGUGGAUGUGGGUGGGGUCAAGAGGGUGGUAUUGACCAGCUCUGUCGCUGCAAUCAGUGAUUUAACAGAAACUAACACAGAACCUAUAACAGAAGAAACAUGGAGGAAUAUGAACAGCCCUAUGGAAGAUGCUUAUGGGAAAAGCAAGGCAUUAGCAGAGAAAGCGGCAUGGGACUUUGUAGAGAAACUACCAGCUGAAUCCAAAUUUGAGUUGGCUGUCAUCAACCCAUCCAUGGUUCUUGGUCCUGUCAUCUGCGGAGUUCCAGGAACCAGUGUAGAGGUGAUCCGACGUAUCCUAGAACGAGACCCGCCUGCCAUUCCCAAGCUGAACUUCCCUGUAUGUGAUGUCAGGGAUGUUGCUAAGGCUCAUGUCGUCGCUAUGACACACCCUGAUGCACCAGGUCAUCGUCAUAUUGUUUCUCCACACAACAUGUGGUUUCGAGAAAUGGCAGAUGUUCUCAGGGAGGAGUUUAGAGACAAAGGUUACAAGCCCCCGAGAAUGAUGGCUCCACCUCUACUACUCAAGAUGGUCAGCUGGUUUGAUUCCACUGUCAAGUAUAUCCUACCACUCCAGGGACAUAAAACCACAUUGUCUAAUCACAGGUUAACUGAAGUACUUGGCAUCAAACCAUACGAGCCCAAGGAAUCGCUGAUAGACAUGGCUUACACCUGCAUAGAUAAAGGCUUCAUCGUCAGGAAGAAAGAAUAUGUCAAUCCCAAGACUCAACAAACACAAACAACAGAGGGCGCUAGUGCUUCACCUUAGAAAUCUGACUUGACCUACAGUGCAACUCAAUCAUACAAGUAUUAUACAAACCUUUUUUACAAAGCCUUUUGAUUGAUCAUAAAGUUAAUAUUGAGCGUAAAUCUAUGGCUCAUCAUCAAACUUCAAACUUGAGAUCAAUCAUGACUCUUUAUAAAACGCGGCCGUGAUGUGAUUAUUAUUUCUAUGUUAAGAGCAAUCAUGAUCGCAAGAAACUUGAGAAAUCAACUGCAGGCGUUUUCAAUGGCCUUGCCCAACAUCUUUUAUGAUAUAUGCAAAGUUUGCAUUGCAAAUACAGUCAAACCUGUCUAUAGCGACCGCCCAAGGGAAACACAAAAAGUGGUCUUUGUAGACAAGUUCUUUAAAGGUACUAUGUCCCUUUUGCA